UUAAGGCAGGAGUUGGUUAUAUCCUAAGAUCUGAUUCAGGUAAUGUUGUUUCGCAAGCUUAAGGGCUAAAUCAAAGGUGAAUCCAAACACAAACCAUUUUGCAAUGUGUCAUUUUUUCAUAAUCAAUCAAACUUGCCAAAACUAUUUUUUUAGGCAUCAUAUUUUUUUAAAUUAUUUUUUUAAAAAAAUAUUCUGGUGAGAAAAUAUUUUUCUGUGAACCAAGUGUCUUGAAGGGUCUCUUAAAACUGAACGUAAGACUUAAAAUAAUUUGGUACAAACUGGAGCCACUUCCUUUCACCCUUCUUACUCCAAUAAACUUUGAAAGAGCACAAAGGCCCAAUCUCCUUUCAUGCCACUUCUCACAUUACUGAACCAUCUCCAACUCUUCAGUUCCAAAAUUUUAUUCCAUGCCAUAUCUUUACAAGAGCAACCAUUGCAGGCUUUUCCACUCCCCAGUCACCAAUAGGACUCCCCCAUCAGUAUCUCACCCCUGUGAACUCCUAGAAGAAGAAUGUGUUGCCUCUUUGAUCCAAAAAUGCCCGGAUAUGAGAACCCUCCGCCAAAUCCACGCUCACUUCGUCAAAUCCCCCGCCAAUUCCUCCUCCUUCUACGCCCUCUCCAAGAUCCUCGCUUUCUGCGCCCUCUCCCCCUCCGGCGACCUCGCCUACGCCCGUCGCCUGUUCGCCCAAAUUCCCCACCCAAACGUCUUCUCCUGGAACUCUAUGAUCCGGGGGUCCUCCCAGCUCCCCCAUCCCUCCAAAGAACCCAUCUUUCUCUACAAACAAAUGCUCCAGAAAGGCUUUGCUCUCCCCAAUAGCUUCACCCUCGCCUUCGUUCUGAAAGCUUGCUCGCUUAUCUCGGCUUUCCUCGAAGGCCGCCAAAUCCAUUGCCAUGCGUUUAAACACGGGCUUUAUUCGAGCCCGUUUGUUCAGACUGGAUUGUUGAAUUUUUAUGCGAAAUGUGAAGAGCUUGUUGCCGCAAGAUUGAUUUUUGAUGAAAUCCCUGAUAAGAAUUUGAUCGCUUGGAGCGCGAUGAUUGGUGGGUACGCGAGGUUGGGGUUGGUGAAUGCGGCAUUGGAGUUGUUCCGGGAGAUGCAGGGGGCGGGGAUCAGUCCGGAUGAGGUGACAAUGGUCAGUGUGAUUCAAGCUUGUGCCAAGGCGGGGGCGCUGGAUUUAGGGAAGUGGGUGCAUGCUUUUAUCGACAGGAAUGGAAUCAAAGCUGAUCUUGAGCUGAAAACUGCGCUAAUUGAUAUGUAUGCCAAGUGCGGGGAAAUAGACAGGGCAAGGAAGGUGUUUGAUAGGAUGGAGGUGAGGGAUACGAAGGCUUGGAGCUCAAUGAUUGUUGGCCUGGCGAUACAUGGACUUGUAAAAGAUGCUUUGGAGCUUUUCUCAAGAAUGUUAGAGUCCAAGGUGAGGCCUAACCAUGUGACCUUUAUUGGUGUUUUAUCUGCAUGCGCUCAUAGUGGAUUAGUAAGUGAUGGUCGGCGAUUUUGGUCUAUCAUGCAUGAGUUGGGCAUUGAACCCAUGAUGGAGCAUUAUGGAUGCAUGGUUGAUCUACUGUGUAGAUCUGGCCUUUUUGAAGAAGCUUAUUCAUUUGUAAAUACCAUGCCUAUCAUGCCGAAUUCCGUAAUCUGGAGGACACUUCUGGUAGGAUGCAAGAGUAAUGGAAGUCUUGAUAAAGCAGAGCUUGUUGCAAAGCAACUUCUUGAGUUAGAGCCACUUAGUGCAGAGAAUUAUGUCCUAGUAUCUAACCUUUAUGCAUCCAGCUCUCAGUGGGAAAAGGUGAGCUACAUGAGGAAAAAGAUGAAGGACAAUGGUGUUAAGGUUGUCCCUGGCUGCAGUUCUAUUGAAGUUGAUGGUUUCUUACAUGAGUUUGUGGUGGGUGAUGAGUCGCAUCCAGAGAUCAAGGAGAUAAGGAAGGUACUGAGAGAGAUAACUGAGCGGGUUCGACUUGCUGGCCAUGAGCCAUGGACUUCAGCGGUCUUGCAUGAUGUUGGUGAAGAGGAGAAAGAAGUCGCUCUGUGCGAGCACAGUGAGAGGUUAGCCAUUGCUUUUGGAUUGUUGAAAACUAAGGCACCUGUUCCGAUCCGGGUGGUGAAGAACUUGAGGGUUUGCAGUGAUUGCCAUGAGGUGACAAAGAUAAUAAGCAAGGCAUAUAACAGAGAGAUUAUUGUAAGGGAUCGUGUUCGAUUUCAUCGUUUUGUCAAUGGAGUUUGUUCUUGCAAUGACUUCUGGUGAUUGCUUGUUAGAUAGAUUUCUGCAUUCUAAGUGCAAAAGAAAGAUCAUGCUUAUUGUAAACUCUUGAAAGUUGACCAACCAUCAGUGGACAUUCAGCUAACCCCCUCUUCUUUGUAUAUGGGGAAAAGGCUCAUGCUUGUUCAUUUAAUAAAGCAUAUUGAAGAAAAACUGGAGAAAGAAGCUCAGUUGUCCUGAUCAACUAAUAUGAUACGUACUAAAUCUUGAGAAAGAAAUGGAAAGAGAGUUACAAUGGACCCUUGUCAUAGAUGUCAAUUGGUUUUACAAGAGCUACAUUUCUGCUAGAGGUCUAACCUGGAUGGGACACCUGAAGGUGCCCUUGGAGGAACAAUCAUUUAAGCAGUUGGCUUCUUUAUGCAUGUGAGGAGGUUUUAUUUCAAGAGCAUGAGCUUUUGGUGGAAAUUUUAUUGGGUCUAUUUUCCCCCCUCUAUCCAUGAUAAGGUGAGAGUACUCAUGUAAAACCCAAUCUAUCCCUCGAAGUUAAACCCUCUCUCCUUCCCUGAUUUUUUUCAAUUUCAUUUUAGGUAUGGUAUCUGCUGGCAGCUUUUUCAGAUGUAACGGAGAUUAGUCUCCUCUAUUUAGUUAAUUUUCCCUUUUGUUGGGGUUUUCAUUGGCUUCUGUCCCCCGUGCUUGUGCAUGGUUGAAUACUUGCACCAUCUUUGCUGAUCUCUCUCUCUCUCUCUCUCUCUCUCUCUCUCUCUCUGCGUGUGUGGCUUUUUAUGCUUUCAAGUCUCAAAUUGCUGCAUUUUGAUCUAGGAAAACAUAGGGAUUUUUUAAUAAACGGUUAUUAUGGCUACACCAUGAGGGAAAUAUCUGAAAUUAGUAUUAGCAGGAUAUGAGCUCAUCAGAAACAUUUUCUGUGCCAAGUGAAAGCAGAUGCAAGCUUUCAAUUAUAAUUUAGAUAGCAGCAUGGCAUCAGCUGUCUGAAACGAUCACAUCAUAAAUGGCAUUAGAGCAUCAGAAUACGAGAGUCGCGUUCCAUAGAUAACUAAUAUUUCUUUAGUGAUAUAAAAAGAUGGAGGUAGUAAGCUGGUCCUCUGCAUAUCUUGUGCAUUCCGAAGAUAACCAGAACCUUAUAGAGAAGCAGAAAGAUUCAAGGGCAUUUGGGGCCUCCUCUCUUUGUCUUCCAGUUGUUGUAACAUGGGCAAACCUCCUUGUGGGCAUAGGUCCCAGGGGGAACACACCUGCACUUGAAACAACACUUCUGGCAGAAGAACAUGCAUGGCUUCUUAUAUGCAGUCUUGGAGCACCUAAAUUGACAGGCAUCAGGGCACUCUGCAAAAUCCCAUCCAAGAAAUUAUAAAUGUAUGCAGAUCAUCAGCUUCAUAUAGACAUAUGUUCAUGCGCAGACAUGCAUGCGCGCGCGCAGUCACAGACACAGACAAGAGCUCACAUAUAAAUGUAUCUAUAUAAACAGACACACUAAACAGCAAAUGUUAAUGGCCACUUUCAAAUGAGUGGAAUACACUUUGAUGACAGCAUCUGGGUUGCUCAGUGGUCAUUCGCCUAAUGAAGACUGAUAUGUAGAAAGAUUUGCAAGAAAACGAGUUUUGUUGUUUCUUCUUCAAAAUUUUCAUGUUAAAGUUUUGCUGCCGUCUCUGUCAAGUAUUAUCGAAUUACAAGAAAUUUAAGAAGUCCAAAAGCUUGGAAGUUGUCAGGCAAGGAGGUUAAUCUCACUGCUGUAGAGAUUACUUGUACUGACCUUAAAGGAAGGAUGGUUCAUUUAUAAUUCUUGUUAUGCAGCGGUUGUCUAUUAUCAUUAAGACUGUUUUGGAACUGGAAUCUUAUAAUAAGAUAGCUCUUACAUGAUAAAGGUUGCAACAUGUCUCCAGCAACUUUUUAAAAUAUCUAAUACUUGAACUGAUAGUGGAAUAUUCAAGUCUAAUGAAGGUUUUCAGAAGUAACUAUUUGAAUUUAUUUGAAAUAUCUAACACUAAGUACAGAUCCAGUACCUGUAUAGAUCUAAGGUUAGAUCCAAUAAGAUUUGGUUCUAGAUCUGGAAAUAUUAUGCUGGUCUGAACCCAGCUCUCAAGAUGUUCUCAACGCGCUCCACCGUUUACUGAGCCCAACUAGCCUAAGAUUUGCGCAGAUCCAAAACAACCAUAGGAAACUACUAAUUGCGCGAUCUGAAACCCACCCGGACCACCACUCUCAAAUCAUAAUCAGACAAUGCAGCCUAAUCUUAAACUAAAGCACAACAGUUCAUAAGAUGAAAGUGCCGCAUUUACAACCCAUAUAAUUCUAGUGAAGCAAUUAUUUGAAACAAUAAUAGAAAAGAAAAAGAAGCCAAGUGAUUUAUAACCAUACCUCCCUCAGAAAACCCAGAAUGCUUAUGAUGCUCCUGCCAAAUAAAUUC